AGAGAGAAAGAGCGUUCGAAUCUAAAACACAUGAAUCACUUCGAGUUGGAAUCUUAAUUCCAUGGCUGUACACAGGGAUUGAGGUUUGAGAAUUCUGCCAUUAUCUGCUCUAUCAUGUAAUCUUUCUUCACAAUGACAUGCUUGUACUUCUGUAGAAAAAGCUGGUAUUAUUGGAUCAAAAUGGAUGAACAUGAGGAGGCUGAUUCAUCGGCAGAGAACCCACCAAUUGGGAAUGAAGAAAUUGAGGAUGAGCAUGCAGAGCUAACUGCCACUCCCCUUAAAAAAUAUGUUACAUUUGUUGUGGAUAGGAAGGAGGGGAAUUCUUGCAAGUGGACAUGUAAUUUUGGUUGCAGAUUGGAACCAUACACUGGGACAUAUUCUCGUGUUAGAGCACACCUGAUUGGGUUAUUACCCGGACAAAAAUCACAAGGAAUAAUAAUGUGUCCGAAGGUAAAGAAAGAAGAAAGGGAGAAGAUGAAAGCAGAAGAAGAUGAAGCUAAGCGAGUUUUUGGAAGUAGUUCACGUAGAGUGCCUGUUUCAAGUAGUCCUAUUGUUUUUCCAACAUGGAAAACUAGUACAAGUGUUGUAGUAGAAAGGGGGAGGACCGCACUUGAUGUGUCUAAAACAUCUUCAACAGAUGAUGUUGAUAGGGUAAUUGCAAGAUUUUUCUAUGGAAAUGGGAUACCUUUUGAUUUGGCAAAGUCUCCUUUUUGGGUCGAUAUGGUGAAGGCCAUUAAUGAGGCACCUAGAGGAUACAAGCCACCGUGUGCAGAUAAGAUAGCGACAACACUUCUUUUGGAGGAAAAAACUAAAGUGGAUCAGGCCUUGAUGUUUAUAAAACAACGAUGGCCGACUUACGGGGUUUCAAUUGUUUCAGAUGGUUGGACAAACCUCAAGAAUCAAGCUUUAAUGAAUUUAAUCGCAGUUUCAGAUGGUAAGGCAGUUUUUAUUAAUGUCAUUGAUUGUUCAGGAGAUGAGAAGUCAAGUGAGUUUAUAGCUGAUUUGCUGCUUGAGGCCAUUGAAUCUGUGGGAACACAGAAUGUAUUCCAAGUUCUGACUGAUAACUCAGUUAUAUGUAGAGAUGCUGGAAAAAUCAUUGAAACCAGACACCGUCAUAUUUUUUGGUCUGGUUCCAUGGCUCAUUGUUUAAGCCUUUUGAUGAAAGAUAUUGUAAAAUCAACGAAACCAAACUUGGCUUUUGUUGGUGAAAACUAUGAGAGGGUAAAGAGAAUCAUUCGAUACAUAACUAAUCAUAGUUCAGCUAUGUACAUUUUUCGAACAUUCCCGGCAUUAGAUGUUAUUCGAGUGAGUAAGUCUAGAUUUGGGGAUCAUUUUAUUGUAUUAGAAAGCAUUGUUCGGGUGAAGAAUGUUUUAGUCAACUUGGUUUUGAGUGAGGAAUGGGAGAAGCUCAAAAGAGGUGGGUCAAAGUUAAAUUUGGAGCAUGAAGAGGUCAAAAGAACUAUUUUAGAUGAUGAUUUCUGGAAGAAGGUAACGACAAUAUUAGUAUUCAUGAAGCCAAUUUGGGAGAUGAUUUGCUUCUGUGACUCGGAUAAAGCUACCAUAGGAGAAGUUUAUCCGAGAUUGGAUGCCAUGUUAGGAUGCAUUAAAGAUGCUUUGUUGGAUAGUAUUGAGGCUUAUCAAGUUGUUAGCGAUAUUUUUAUGGCACAUUGGAAGCAGAUGAACAUUCCUUUGUAUAGUCUUGCGUAUGUUCUUACUCCUUUUUACUAUUCAGGGUCUUGGUUAACAGGUUUGGCUCAAGGGGGAGAGAAAAGGAAUAAGCCCCAUGCAGAUCCUGAUGUUCAUAAGGCUUACUUAGAUGCACUGGAUCGACUUGUUAGUGAUUCAAAGAAAGCAGCCAUAGUCCGUCAGCAACUUAGUGAUUUUGUCAGUAAUAGGGGUGUCUUUGCUCGUCCUCAGGCAAUCAAAGAUAGAGAAACAAUGUCAGCAUUAUCAUGGUGGGACUUAUAUGGUGUGACUGCACCUGAGCUUUAUGGUUUGGCUGUUAGAGUGUUAUCACAAAGUGUGAACACCUCUUGUGUGGAGAGGGGUUGGAGCACCUAUGAGUAUAUUCAUGAUGUCAAAAGAAAUAAAUUAAACUCUAAUAUGGCAAAAUCGUUAAUAUAUGUUCAUUAUAACAAUCGAUUACUCACACGAUAUAGGGAGGAUUAUGAGGAGAUGUAUAAGGAUUGGGAUGCUAUCCUGAGUGAUGAUGAUUUAGAUAAUGACAUGAAAGACAUUGAAGAUAGAGAGCAUUUCUUACUUUAUAAUGAUGAGGAGGAGGUUAGCAUUGCAACAUCUGGUUUACCUUCUUAUGCCCCAAGUCAAGGAUCUUCUGCUUUAUCACAAGCACAUCAACUUCAUGAGAUUGCACAAGUUAAAAGGCCACGUAUGAAUUCUUUGCCCAGCUCUUUCCUUUUGAACAGUAGCUCAAGAGAUUGAAUUGGAAGCAAAAGUUUCAGAAUGAAUGUAUGACUUGGUGAUUCAGGAACUACCUCAGCAAUCACCCAGGAAGAAGCAGAUGCUCAAGCUAUCAGUGUCGGACUUGCAGAGCAACCUCACUAACCUGUAGCACUUGGAAGUGUAGGAAGAUGGUAAACAUUCAAAACUAUGCAACGAACAUGUAAUGUUCAAACCUGCGGUGCUUGGAAUAUGCAGCUCAAGCUUGAAGAUGACACAAGCCACCUGUUAAUGGUCAUAUACCUCAUUCCUUGAAUAGAGUAGCAUAUCAUGUGCCCUGCUGGACCACGUAUGACUUUAUGGCAUGUCAAUUGUCCAUUAAAUCUGAGCCAGAACUUCAUUUUGUAUAUACUAUUUUGCUAAAGAGGGGCCCGUGUGUG